GGGCGUCCGUUGGCUGCCUCCCAGAAUGUUCUGUGCCCCCGGUUCAUUUCUACGGUACACGAACCAGUCGCCGCGGCGUCCCCACGGACACUGAAGCCCAGAUGCUCACCCUCUCCGCCGACAUGGACGAGUCUUCGUCGCUGCUGGAUCUGCUGGAGUGCUCGGUGUGCCUGGAGCGCCUGGACACCACGGCCAAGGUGCUGCCGUGCCAGCACACGUUCUGCCGCCGCUGCCUGGAAAACAUUGUCAGCUCCCGGAAUGAGCUCCGCUGCCCGGAGUGCCGCAUCCUGGUGGACUGCGGGGUGGACGACCUGCCGGCUAACAUCCUCCUGGUUCGCCUCCUGGACGGUAUCAAGCAGCGGCCCCAGCGAGGGAGCGGAGGGGGACUGGGAGCAGGCGGCAGGCAGUCCCUGGCCGGGGGCUCGCUGCAGGGGUACGCAGCCGGGAUAUCCGCUUCUCCCCCGGGCACUGCUAUCAGAGAGCUGCCCGUAGCCAUCAGGAGCUCCCCUGUUAAGAAUAUCCCAGCGCUGCCUUGCGGUAAGGCCCUCUACUCCUACGAAGGAAAAGAACCAGGCGAUCUCCAAUUUUCCAAGGGUGACAUCAUCAUCCUGCGACGCAAGGUGGACGACAACUGGUACCACGGUGAGCUCAACGGUUGCCAUGGAUUCUUGCCCGCAAGUUACAUCCAGUUGCUGCGUCCGCUGAGCCAAACUCCACCUCAGGGCAAGGCACUGUACGACUUUGAGGUCAAAGAUAAAGACCAGGAUAAAGACUGUCUGGCCUUCAGCAAGGAUGAGGUUCUGACUGUAAUCAGGCGAGUUGACGAGAACUGGGCGGAAGGCAUGCUGGGAGACAAGAUUGGCAUCUUCCCCAUUCUCUACGUGGAGUUAAACGAAACAGCCAAGCAGCUGAUGGAGAUCGACAAGCCCACGCCGACUAACGUUCCAGGUCCGAGCUCUGAGCCAGCCCCUCUGGGCCCCUGCACUCCUGGCCCCUCCCCCUGCGCCUCCCCGUCCAACGGGAACGGCUCUGGCCAUCGGCGAGGCGAAGGGAAGAAAAACGCCAAGAAGAGGCAUUCGUUCUCGGCGCUGUCCGUCAGCCAGAGGGCCGCCCAGCUCAACAACAGACACAGUAUGGAGAUCUCCCACCCAGUCCUCAUCAGCUCAUCUGACCCCAGGGCUGCUGCACGCAUCCAGGAUGCAGCUCACCCGGGUCCCUCUCCCUCUUCGGCAGGGGUACUGGUGCCCCCCAAAGUGGCAUCCAUAACCUCUGAGCUGCUGGCCCAUGCCAAGGUGCAGCUGCCACUCAACAUAUAUCUGGCUCUAUACGCCUACAAGCCCCAGAAGGCUGACGAGCUUGAACUUAGGAAAGGGGAGAUGUAUCGAGUGACAGAGAAGUGUCAAGAUGGAUGGUUUAAAGGCACCUCACUGAGAACUGCUGCCUCCGGUGUCUUCCCAGGAAACUACGUCACCCCUGUGUCCAGGGCUCCGUUUGGAGUUGGUGCUUCUCGGGGCUCGUGUUUGUCCAGUCCCGUAGGAGGAGGGAGUGGGUGCAGCCAGGCAGGGAGUAAAAUCCCCGACCCUUCGUCCCCAGGGUCCCCUGGGCCCUCUUCGUCACGACCCUCCACCCCGCUGGUGAACUCAAACAACUCUGUGAACACCGGCAGUCCCGCCUCCUCGCCACCAACUGCCGCCGCCCAGCUGAAGAACUGCCUGCGCUCCAGUCAGCACACGGUUAACCAGGCACGCACCUCAAUGCAGCUGGUCCACAGUCCUCCUGCUGGAAGCCCAGAGCGCCCCGCAGUGGCCCUCUCCCCCUUGCGUCCUCAGAGUUCCUCCCCCUCGCGCUGCCCCGGCCAAUCGGGUCGUCCUCUCUCCAUGGUGUCUCCAGGGCCCAGCUUAGGGCCCUCACCCCUCUCUUCCCCUGCCUCACGGCCCCUCCUGCCCCUCUCCUCCCCUCUCUCCUGCCUCACGCCUCCUAACGUGUCAGCGGUGCUCCUCAACGGGGAGCCAGCCAGUCCCCUGCAGCCACCUUUGCCGGGCCCCUCCCACGCCCCCGCCCAGGGCGGCCUCGCACCCAAAGCAGAGAAGAAGGAGAGGAAAGCCGGAGGUUUAUUAAAGCUCUUGUCGGGUGCGGCAGCCAAGAAGAAACCUCGCUCACCUCCCUCCUCCCCGCCCACCCACGACCCCUCACUGGCCGGCCAAGGCGCCGUGGCCACCGACCCCGCCCACCAUCCUCACCACCAUCACCACCACGCCCGCUCAGGUUCCUGUCCGAUGGCCUCGCAGGGGCGAGCCGGCUCCUGUCCGAUCGAGAGCGACAUGGCGGGGGCCAUAGGACUGGAGCCUCUGCACAGGAAGUCUGGGUCUCUGGACACCAAUUUCCCCAGGUCGCCCCCGGCGACACGUGCCGGCAACGCUCUGAUGGUUCUCCGGCCUGAACCCAAACCCCUGUCCAGAGAGAGGUAUCGUGUGGUGGUGCCCUACCCGCCCCAGAGCGAGGCGGAGAUCGAGCUGCGGGAGGGCGACGUGGUGUUUGUCCACAAGAAGAGGGAGGACGGCUGGUACAAAGGCACUCUGCAGAGGACGGGACAGACCGGCCUGUUCCCCAGCAGCUUCGUCGAGAGCUUCUGAGCCGGAGAAAGUGGACAAAAGAACCCACACUGUUCCUGUUUCUGAGUCGCAAAACACACACAAGCUCCACAGCUACACACACACGAAGGAUGGACCGACAUUGGUUUCCCAGAAUUACACAGACAGAAAGACGCUUGCUUUGAGAAGCUGCUAACCCUCAGAUAAAGUUUGGAUUUCAAUGGAUACUUUUUGUUUCACGUGAUGUGUUCAAUCUGUCAGCAAACACUCAAACACUGGAAUACACUGAGAAUAAUCAAAUUAGAAGCUACUGAAUACAUCAGUAAGAGUAGCCGUCUCCAGAAACCCAUAUCGGUCCAACUAAUUCACACCCAACACAAACACACACACACAGGAAAGCUAGCCUCGGCUUCGACCAGCCACACAGGAAGCAGGGCAGUUUCUCCCGUCAGUCGCCCGGGGACGGCGCUGGGCUCAGAGGGGCUUCACCACACUCGUCGUCCGGACGCCGUGAUGUCGACUACUGAAACCACACAGACUCAAAGAGCACAGAAAGACAAACCCUGCCUCCCCGUUCUCCUCCUUGGCAUCAUCCACCAGCAAACACUAGCACAAAAAGCAUUAGCUCUGCUUUCCACUGAGACCUCAGAACUUGAAUUCGGGUGCUUUCUCUGUUUGAAAAGAGACGAUUUACGGGCAGGUGAUGAGGGAAGUGCGUGAGCCUCCACUCCAGGAUCAUUGUAAGCACAUCUCCGUGUCUAGUUUGUGACAACAAGCUCAUGUGUUUCUUAUCAACACAAUAUAUGUUAAUAACAAUGCAUGUAGCAUUAUUGUGUUUUUUAUAUAUAUAUAUGUUGAAAUAGAUGUUUGUGUUGUCCCAAACUAGUCAUGCUGUGAUCUGUCACAGGAAUUUUAAUUUAAAAACAAAAUGGUACAAUAAGUGAAACAUGAAUUAGGCAAUUAAUUUUUCUAUUUAUAUAUCUCAUACUGAUUUAUACACCCAUUUUUUAACUUUAAAUUUCCUUUAUUAUAGACACCCAACAGCUGGGUUUAACCGCUUAAACUGGCUUGCUGAAUGUAGGAAGAAACUCUGAUAACUGAUUUGUAUUGAUAAAGUUUUUUGAUUUUCUCUGUGGGAUUAUAGAGAGACAGAACGCACUUGGUAAUAUUUGAUACAACCUGCCAAUAUGACCACACAUACAGUAUUUUACACACAGUUGUUGUUAUUUGACAACCAGGAUUUCUGUUGCUCCUCGUCACAAAAGGAGAAAAUCCUGAUCCAGCUUUUUUAGUUUGAAAUGUCAAAAAAUCCCAAACAAGCCGACCAAAAAUAGAGUUAAAAGCUAAAAGUAAUUCCUCUUCCUCAGCCUGUUCUUGAGAUACGGUUGAGAGUUUUUGUCUGACUGCAGCAAUAUCGCGAAACCAAAUGUGUGCAGAUUCGAUGCUCAUGGAAAAGUGUAUGAACGAGGGGGAAACGCCCAGAGUCAGAAGGCAGGGACCCGAGUUUUUCAUCACACAACUGCCAACAACUUCUGUGAUAUCGUCAACCUUUAACAAGUAUUUUUGUACGGCUUCAGUGAGUGUCGUCAGUCUGCUUUGUGGAUCUCUGUGUCCUCAGUGUGGAUCCAGGCUUGUCUAGUUUACAUCCAGCCACAACCAUCUACCUUUGUUCCCUUGUUUCUGGAUUAGAAGCACAGUGAAACUCAGAGCUUGACCCGCGAAGUCUGUGUGUGUGUGCGUGUGUGUGUGUGUGUGCGAGAGAGAGAGAGAGAGAGAGGUCAGCAGGAUUUUAAUGCUGACCAUGUAUCAGUCAAAGUUAAAGGGCAUGAAUGGUUUUCUUCACCUGUUUGGGCCAGAUUGAAGCACAAACACUACUGGCCAUGAGCACACAGGUGAGGCACACUCAUUGGCUGAGCACACAAAUGUCUAAUUAGGUCACAACUAGGUGAGAGUCUGUAUAUUGGACAAGCACAAGUGAGUCUUCUUGGUUAACUGCAUGCAUAUCAUUGGGGAAAGACAGUAAAUACAGAAUUCUAGAUUGAAAAUUCUUCUGCUUCUGAAAAGCGACACAGUUUUGGAUUUCUUUGUUUUUUUGUCUGCAGCACAUCAGUGAAAAGCUUCUCAGAGUCAACAAAACGCUGCAGCGCCACAACAGUUUAGAAACUUCUGUCACUUCUUAUUCCCAUAUGAUGCGACUGCAGCGUAAACACUCAGAUGUGAGACUUUGCCGCAAGCUCUCCACAGAUGUGCAGAAAACAAGAACGAGAGAAAAAAAAUCUGACGCAAAAAUGCAGCUCAAGGUUUUCUCUCACCCCUUUGAUCCCCUGAUUAAAGCAAGCUAUUGUUUUAAUGUUAAAUGUUUUCAUGUUCACCUUAAGCUUAGUAGAGGCGACCUGUCACUGAUGACACAAAAACACAAGAAAUCUGAACUUGUGGAAUGUUUUUUUUUUCCCACAAUUACAUUUUGGGGCAAAGAACUUGACCCCGAUCCCUUAAACUGUGAAGAAAAGUGAACAAAGAACACGUUCGAGAAACAAACACAGUCAUUACAGAGAGCAGCAACGGCUGCGAUCAUCUUCUGGCUGCUGGCAGUGCAUUAUGGGUAAUCCUGAGCAUCUGGAGCAACAGAUGAAAGCACAAACACCAGAUUAAGAUUCCUCUUUUUUUUUCCUCCAGCAGGUCACAGCUCAGCUGGAGGCUGUGAGUCACAUCUCAAACACACGCAUUACAAGAGUAAGGCCGGACUGACAAAUAUCGCUUCCCAGUUCGAAUCCUGGAUCUGAAGCUGUCUCUUUGAUUCUUUACACAUUUCUUAUUUAAUUGACCAGUUUUGUGUAUUUAUUAAAUCCCGUUUCACUCAAGUGUACUAGACUAUGACAUGUCCUCGUGUUUUGGAUCAGCCAAGUCAGAGUGGCGUCUUAUUCGCCGAUAAAAUGAUCAAAAUUAAAUGUCAAAUUUUGGCAGAUGAUAUUAGUCAUUGGAAGCUUCACUCCAAAAAUGUCUGCAUUGGCCUUGAAAAGCUGUCAGUCAAACCCUAGUGCCUACAAAUGCCAGCACACACACACUCAAGUAUUGACAUGAGGCAAAGCAACCCGUCUCCUGUCUCUUCCUUUCUUUCGUAUCGGUCCGACGAGCCUGCUGCUUGUUUUUUCGCAGCUCUGAGCGAGGUUUCCCUUUUCUGUCUGUACGCCCGCUGAGCUCGAGGACUCUAAUUUCUGCUGAGUCAAACUUAAGCACAAGUCCUCAUUCGUGUCUGAGAUCAAUAGAUGUCAGCGGUCGCUCUUUUGUGCAUGAGGUUGAUGCUGCGAGGAGGAGGAGGGUUUACAACAUCAGGAAUGAAACCACUGCACGGUGGUCACUUUACGUCAGAUAUCUUGAACCAGUGUUUUCAUGCCGUUCGUGUUUUGUUUUGUCCCCGUGAUGUAAGAUCGUGUUUGGUCUCAGCUUCCUGGUUGUAAAUACCACUCGGGAGCUCGGGCGACAGCAUGAAAGCUGCGAGCCGCCAGCAGCGCUGGAAAUUUCCAUUGGACAUGAACACAACAUGAAACACACCGUUGCACAUCCGCUUUCUCAUUGGACUCGGUAUCAAAUUAGUGUCCACUCCCUGUUUGUCCUUCCAGGAAGCCUGAGCACCCUGCCAUCUUGAAUUAGAUGUCGGCCAUAUUUGUUCCUAUGGAUACUGUGUGUGUGCGUGUGUGUGUGUAUGAGGGGAGGGGGCCUCUGUAUGUAGCUCUUUACAUAAAAAAAAGGAACUUUAUGAAAAAGUCUGGUGCGGCCUAAACGCCUCAUCCGGACUGAGUCGGGUUGAAUACAGCGGUACAGCGAGAGAAACAAAAAAAAAAAAAAAAGAAA